AUGGCCGUUGAUGCUCCUAAGCCUCCUAAGCUCGUUCUGGAUGAUUUUAUUGCCGCUGCGCUGUCUGGAACCCCUACCGAGCUGCACCCAUACUUCGAAUCGUUUCGAGCUCUACACACACGAAAGCUAUGGCAUCAACUAACACUGAAACUUUUCCAAUUCUUCGACCACCCUGCAUCGAAACCGUUCCGAGUUCAUGUGUUCGAGCAAUUCGUGCGGGAUUUCGAGAGUAAAAUCAAUCAAUUGAAGCUCGUUGAGAUGGGUGUGAAGGUGUCGAAGGAGAUCGAUAAUCCCCAGGCCCACUUAACGUUCCUGACCUCGCUGCUCUCUCGAAUUGACACGGAGAAGGCGAAAGAGGCUCAUGUCUUGCUUCUUGCAACAAUCGCACGUGCAAAAUUGCUGUAUGGUGACCUCGAGGGGACGAAGACUGACAUGGAUACGGCGUGGAAAGUUCUCGACAACCUUGAAGGCGUAGACAAUGGUGUCAACGCGGCAUAUUACCUGCUAGCUGCUGACUAUUACAAAGUGAAUUUAAGAUGCUGCGGUCUAGCCUUAUGGGCCAAGGCAGAAUAUGCGCCAUAUUAUCGGAAUUCUUUGCUAUACCUUGCAUGUGUUGACCCCGCGACGGACAUGACACCAGAAGAAAGGUUGGUGAGGGCUCACGAUCUGAGCAUCUCUGCGUUCCUAGGUGACAGCAUCUACAACUUCGGUGAACUCUUGAUGCAUCCUAUACUGGAUGCGCUAAAUGGCACACCUCACGAAUGGAUCAAGAAAUUGCUUUUCACGUUCAAUGAGGGAAGUAUAGGUAAAUUUGAGGCCUUAGCUCCCCUGUUCCCGCAAGAGCCCAUCUUGCAGGAGAACUUCCCCUUCCUCCGACAAAAAAUAUGCCUCAUGGCACUGAUAGAAUCUGUGUUCAAGAGGCACGCUGAUAAUCGGACGAUGAGCUUCCAGAUUAUCUCAGAAGAGACAAGAUUGCCCCUAGAUGAGGUUGAGCAUCUGGUGAUGAAGGCGUUAAGCCUGAAGCUCGUUCGCGGGUCCCUCGACCAGGUGGAUCAGAAAGCCCAUAUCACCUGGGUGCAACCUCGUGUUCUUUCUAGGGAGCAGAUUAGUGGUGUUGCGAAACGGUUAGAGGAAUGGGUGAACAAGCUGAGUGCAGUCGAACAACGUAUUGCUCCCGAGGUGAUGAUUGCCUCAUGA